CUUUCUCUCUCCUACCUUCCCUCCCUUCCUUCCCCCACCUCGAGGGUAUUUGUGCUCCCCCCGCCCUUCGUCUUUCUUACCUCCUCUUUAUCUUAACACCUUCCUCCAGCUCUGUAUUGUCCGCUUUCUCUUGCCAUUUUGCUCACCCUGAAGGGAAAAGGGGGAGGGAGGGAAUAGGCAGGGGUUCACCCCAGUUUUAGGGAUUUUUAGGGAAUCGAUGGCGCGGGGCUACGGCAGUUUGGGUGGGACACGCACGUUGGUGACCCUCUCCCUUUCCUCGGGCUUGCAUUGGGCCCAAAGUAGAAAAGUACGAACUUGGGUUGCUUUCCCAGAGGCGAGGAAGCCAGUGGUAAUAGGGUCGCCGCGCCCCUCCCCCUUUCCCUCCACUCCUCUGGCACCGCAAGCUCACAAAAGGAGAAGUAGAGUUGAAAGUUUGGCGGGGUUUCUCUUGAGAGGUGGAGGGAGGACCCCCCCCCCCCACCAAAUUUUACUCCCGCUUUAGUAUGUCGAUUCGUCGUAAAUAGACCCACUUUAUAAUUUUCAGUUAUAUUUGCUUCGGUCUUUGUGCUGCCCGAACCAGGAAUUUUUGGUAAACUGAUGAGGAAUCUUCAAUCGUAGUACAUCAGAGCUUGAAGCAGACACUUGGUUGAUGCCAGAUUGUUACCACCAGAAUCUUAAUCAUGACGGAUGCAGACUAUGUCCUGUGCAAAUGGGAAGGCCGUUUAUGGCCGGCAAAGGUUUUAUCCAAAAUGGGAAUUUCCAGAAGAGAAGAUACCCAGAACGCGGAGCCAGACUCUAUAGAUGUCGAAAUACUUUCACUAGAUAAAAAAAUAAGUGUGCAGUGCAGAGAAAUCCAGAUCCUAGAGAAGACACACAUUGACGAUAUUGUCACUAAAUUCGCAUCCCAGACUGAGAGGAAUGAUAAGCCUGAGGAAAUAACUUAUAGAAAGUCACUUAACAUUGCCCUGGAUAUUUUGAAUCUGAAAUCCAAUACUACAGCAGCAACCUCUUCAGAUGAAGAACUGACGACGCCUGUCUCGCAGAAAGAAAACCAAACAGAGCCUUUGUUCUCUGUGUCUAACUGUUCCCCUGAUUUCCACAAAGAGAAUUUGGGAAGACCUGGAUCCUUUUUGAAUGAAAAUGAACAGUUCAGGCCAACUUCCACCAAGGAAACUGGAUGCGAAAUUGAUUGGAAGAAGCCUGAUAAAACCCACCAAAACAAAACCCGGCUCUCGACGUCUCCAACUACUGUCGUUUUGGGCAUUCAGACCCCUCAGGGUGAGGAUUGCCAAAGCUCAAGUUCCAGCAGAAGGAAAGCUAAUUUACUUCAAAAGGCCACAGUGGACAGAAGGAGGACAGGGGGCACCAGAGUUGAUUCACCUCCCGAUGCCAUGAGGGGAGGAGAAUGGUGCCCCACUGGAGAAAGCUCACCUGCUUGGACCGCCACUGGAUGCUCCAAGACAACAGCUGCAGGAAAGAAGGCAGAUUGUUCCACCAAAAAAUACUUGGAUUUUUCUACUAACAGUGCCUCUAAAUGGUCAGAGAAUGAGAACAUUACAAAGUCCUCAAGGAAAUACAGCAAGGCUUCAGAUGGAAGUAAAAACCCAGUGGAUCAGAAACAAGUUCUAAAUACAUACAUGACCCGUUAUCAAACCAGACAACACACGAGAAGCACCAGAUCAUCUCCUGAUACCUCUGACGCUGACUGGCGUUCUCCAGACUGCUCACUGACUAAAAUCAAAAAUUUUCAGCUCCCAGAUUUUGAGGAUGAAGAAGGAUUUCAAUCCUCCGACCUAUCAUUGGAGCUUAGCUCCCUAGAAACCUCAUCUCUGAACGCUAACUUUGUAGAUGAAGAAGAGGAAGAUGAAGAACUUCCGACUAUCCUUUUGCACCAAAAGCCAUGUUCGAUAGAAGCAGGAAUGUUAGUCUGGUGUAAAUGUCAAAAAUACCCAUAUUGGCCAGCAGUGGUCAAAAGUGUAAGGCGGAAAGAUAAAAAAGCAAGCGUGCUUUUUGUUGAAAAGGAUGUGUGUCCUGAAAAGAGAGGGUUUACAGCAUCCCUUAAAAGAUUAAAGCAUUUUGAUUGUGAAGAGAAACAGGAACUAAUGAUUAAGGCCAAGGAGGAGUACAGCCAGGAUAUCGAUUGGUGCAUCUCUCUGAUUUCUGAUUACAGAAUCAGACUAGGCUGUGGCUCUUUUGCGGGGUCCUUCCUAGAAUAUUGCUCAGCUGAUAUUAGCUAUCCGGUUAGAAAAAGAAUCAAGCAAGGUGCUUUCACUGCAACUUUUCCCGGCUCGAAGAAAGACUGUCCUGAAAGGCCCUUGCUAGAGACCCCCCUUAGCAAGGUGAAGCCCCCAAAGAAAGUGCUUCCCGAUCGGACGAGGGCGGCCAGAGACAGAGCCAAUGAGAAGUUGGUGGAGUAUAUAGUGAAAAACAAGGGGGCAGAAGACCAUCUUUUGGCCAUUCUAAAACACAAAAAGCAGUCAAGGUGGCUGAAAGAGUAUUUAAAUUCAAGUCAGUACAUGACCUGUAUUGAAACCUACCUUGAAGACGAUGAACAGCUGGACCUGGUGGUGAACUACUUACAAGACGUCUGCCAAGAAAUAGGCAGUAGACUGACUCUGAUAAAUGGUGAUAAAAUAAAAUUUAUUCUGGAUGUUCUUUUGCCUGAAGCAAUCAUUUAUGCAAUUUCUGCUGUUGAUGAGAUAGACUACAAGACCGCUGAAGAAAAGUACAUCAAAGGGCCAUCUCUAAGCAAGCGGGAAAGGGAAAUAUUUGAUAAGCAGCUUUUAGACCAAAAGAAUCUGGCAUUGUCGAAGAUUGAACCAACUUCUUCCAAGCCCGCUCCAGAUCCUUCUCCAGAUGUGUCCCAUCCUUGCCAUUCUGUAAUUGAAUCAAAUAUAUACAAUAAGUAAGAAAGCAGCUCUGUGGAAAAAUCUGUAAAAUUGUCUUUUUGUCAUUUGUAAAUGCUUAAGGGGAUAUGGAAGAUGUCAAAAUGCUGCUGCUUUAGUGUUUGAUGUAUUCUAGGCUAUAGCUUUACAGUCUGCUCAUUGAUGCUGCAUAUUGAUUUCCUUUAAUUCUGAACUCCUUGGAUCAGUUGGACAAAGCUGGAGUGUUCAUUUUUAUAACUUACCGCCGAUUCUCUUCCCUGUCCAUUUCAAGAAACUUUACAAUUCUUUAGAUAGGUCUAAAUGGAGAACUAAGAAAUUAUUUUGUAACUUUCUGGUGACUAUUGUAACAGGUAAUUGAGUAGAGAUUUCACUCACAAUCUGGAAAGAUAAGCCACUGGUAUCACAUUUAGCUGUGAUUGCAAAGAGCCUGGUACGAUACAGUAAUUCCAUAAGAAUUAAACCUGUAGGGUUUCAUUGACAAAGUAUCAGGUUUCCUCUCAAAGUAUUUUCUGAUGUUCUCCAUGCUCUUGCUUUUUUCCGGAAAUUCCUCCAAGAGGUGAAAGCGAAGCCAAAGAUGCUGCUUUUUUUUUUUUUAAUGCUGGCAGAGUAACUACAGUCGUUUGUGCAAAAGAAGAAGCCUUGCUAUUCCGUAACUCUUUAGAAUGGCCACCUCCAAAUAAGCUGUAGUGUGAAUUGAUCAAAAAUUUCACAAGGCUUUUUUUAAUUUUCCUCCCCCAAGUUGAGCAGGUUCUCACCACUCCCUUACUCUCCUGUCAUGUGAAAGGCCUGUUUCUACCCUCAGUUAACCAUUUCACUGGCUCCUCACUCGUUUUUAUGGUUGGAAAUAACAGUAUAUUUAAGUGCUGGUGUUUUGUUGGUUUUUUUUUUGAUAGGUCUGUACCUGGGACAAUAUUGAAAACAGUCUGGCCUGGGCUGAUUACAGAAUAAAGCACAGCUGAGGCCGACAGUAGAUUGACCCAGGUCCUGGCUUGAGUUAAUCCAUCCUUGCAAGCCACCAUUCAUGAGGACAGCACCUUUGAGGUCAAAAUGGGACUUUGGGGGAGCAUUCCAUUCAGAUUGAAAAGGGAAAUUGGGUUUGGGGGGUUUUAAAUGUUGGAGAAAUGAAAUUUGUUUUUCAGGCUUUGUUUUGUAGGACAACGGAAGGCCGAAAGAGAAAUAAAAGUGGGCCUGACAGCUAACCCUAAAAUGCCUCACUCUAGGUGGUCUUCAAGGGAAAUGAACUGGGCACCAUCUAGCGGUUGAGGUGGAAGUGGGGAGUGAGGACAUUUUGAGUGGACAUUUGGCAAUCUGACACAGCUGGGGAUUCGGGGUGGUGUGGUGCAAGGGGAUGGGUGAGACCUCUUGUUUUCUCCUCACAGUCUAGAUUUUAAGCAUGUGAAUGUAAUUCAAGGUGAAUGCCUGACUACACUUGGUCACUAAGCUUAUGCUUUGUAAAGAGGAGAGUACAAUCUGCAUAAACCUGAGUCGCAGUAAAAUAAUUACAAGGCAAUUAUAAGCUGUAAUAGGCCUGAAACAUUUUCAAAGUACACUUUUCUGCGAGCUAAGUACAAGGGGAAAUAUUUAAUUUGUUUUAGCCAAGCAGCCUCCGCAAAAUUGAUGAAAUUCAUGUUUGUAAAUACUGUUUACUCCGUUCCUGGUGAUAUUGAGCAUCAAACCUAAUACUAAAAGUAGGGAAUCCAAGCUUUAAACCACAGGGACCUUUUUCCCCUCAUUACCUUUCCUUUUCUCUGCCUUCCUCUUCCAUUUAAUCUAGACUAAUUCUAUUUUCAAUGUUCUUCAGUGUUUAUGGCUCUACUAAGCAAUGCCUGUUGUAGCUGGAGAUUUGGAUAUGUAUAUAGACAUUGUAUUUUACAGUUUGAGAAGAGGUUUAUUUUACAGUUUGAGAAGAGGUUAAGGGUUCAGUAUCACAUUCCCUCUUCAUUUAAAGGCAUUUUGUAAUUAUAUAGUGUAGCUUUCCCCCAGUAUCCUAGUUUUACCCUUUUUUUUCCUCCAGGUAGUUGUAUGCAUCUUCUUUCAGUUCACAUAUUAUAAGAAUGUGAAAAUGGAAUGGAUUUUGACAUCUGGUUGCUGAGUAUUUUGCUAAUCAGAUCAGCUCCUGUUGUCAAACUAUUGCUAUUUUAAUCUGAUUUAUUUUUUUGUUCUAAUCCUACCACAAUGUAUCUGUGAACAAAUAUUUAAAGCAGGAUAUCUUUAUUCAGAAGCCAGAGGUAGGGAGAAAAUAGAGGACCUGAAUUAGGAUAACUGUUUCAAGAUAUUUUUGUUUUAUGGUUCUUCUAACUGUCCAACUACUUAUUUUCUGGGGUUUCUAAGUGUGAAAGUUGAGCUGUGGUUCUUCACUCAGACAUGGAAUUGAAUUAAUAUCAGUGGCUUUUCCUAAGCCUUUUUUGAUUUGUAACUGACCAAGGCAUGCAUUUGUGAUUGACCUCUCAGAUGAAAAAAAUCUGGGCAAUAAAUAAAAGACUUUUACUAAAAGCACAGAA